AUGUCCUUCAACAACCGCAAGUUCUCCAUGAAUCGCUCGUCUGGUGUGCCCAGAGAGUCGACCAGAUUGAGCCGCAGAUUCAGUUCCCACGAGCCAAGUAGCAAUGAAACCAACUCCAAAAUCCAUCGUCAAUUCCGAAAUGCCCACGAAGGCCAUAAAUCCCACGCCGGUCUCGACCCGACCCGUGCUUCUACUGGUGUGAUCUGGUGUACCGAACGAGCAUACGAACAUGGUUUCCUCGAUGAGCCUGAGAAGUGGGCGAAUCUUGGUCAGGGAGCUCCAGAAGUCGAGGACGAUAUCGAGGGUAGUUUCGAGCGGCCAAAGGAGAUUGAUGUUAGCAUGACUGGACGAGAGUACGGUCCUACUGCUGGUAUCAAGAGUUUGCGUGCUGCGGUCGCCAAUCUAUACAAUGCUCACCACAGAGAGGGCAAGGAGUCGCAGUAUACUUGGGAGAAUGUGUGUAUCGUGCCAGGUGGUAGAGCUGGGUUGAUCAGAAUCGCUGCGGUUCUGAACAAUGCCUACUUGGGUUUCUUCAUCCCUGAUUAUACGGCUUACAACGAAAUGUUGUCGCUUUUCAAGAACUUCGCAGCCAUCCCUUCACCUCUCGCCGAAGACGACGAAUAUAGUAUCCACCCAGACAAGAUCGCUGAGGAGAUUGCUCGUGGUACAUCUGUCAUUCUUACCUCCAACCCUCGUAACCCUACCGGACAUGUCGUCAAGAACCCUGAGCUCGCUGAGAUCCAGGAUAUCUGCCGUGAUAGAGCCACGUUGGUUAUGGACGAGUUCUAUGCUGGAUAUAACUAUACUAGCGACUGUGAUGGUACCUCUAUCAGUGCUGCUGACAACAUUGACGAUGUUGACGAGGAUGAUGUUUUGAUCAUUGAUGGUCUCACGAAGCGCUUCAGACUUCCUGGAUGGAGAAUUGCUUGGAUUAUUGGUCCAAAGGAAUUCAUCAAAGCAAUCGGAUCCUGUGGUUCCUACCUUGACGGUGGAGCUAACGUCCCCUUCCAAGAAGCCGCCAUCCCUAUGCUUGAACCCGGCAAGGUCCUCACAGAAAUGAAAGCCCUCCAACGCCACUUCAAGGACAAGCGAGACUACGUUAUUGAACGUCUCCGAGGAAUGGGUUUCCACAUCAAGAACGUUCCUGACUCCACCUUUUAUCUCUGGCUUGAUCUUGAGGGUCUCCCGGCCGCUAUCUCUGACGGACUUAACUUCUUCCAAGCUUGUCUUGAGGAGCGAGUCAUCGUUGUCCCUGGUAUCUUCUUCGAUCUUAAUCCUAGUAAGAGACGUGAUCUCUUCGAUAGCCCUUGCCAUCAUUUCGUCCGGUUCAGUUAUGGACCUAAGAUGGAGACUUUGAAGAUGGGGUUGGAUGGUAUUGAGAGGGUUGUUACUAAGUUCAAGGGUGGUGCUGAGAACCCUGAGUAA